CAACGCGCUUAACUAUACAGGGACCUACAUUUUCGGCGUUCCUGUCAUCACCGGCGUGACGCAUCCGACUUCGCUGGCUGCUGCCUGGCACGCUGGAAACGCCGGACUUCAUCCGCGCAAGGUAGCUGACGACCGUCUGUCCUUAUCGCUUUUGCGAGGCCAAAUAUUUCGAGCACUAAACGGGCGGAGAGGGUGAAAGCAGGCAUGGAGGGGUGAUGUUCGAAACGGGAACAGCAGGACCCUCUCCGUUGAGAUCGACGCUACUGUCCUACCUGGGAGCACGCUUUCUCACGCACUCGCGCGUUGUAGCUCAUAAUGCGGGCGAUAGCACAGUAGAGUCUCCUUUGUGUUUCGUUUUCUUGCCAAGACAACUGGAUAGCCGCUCCUUAACUGCACCGUCGUCGGUAGAGCGCACCUGCUGCAGUAAAGGCCCCCACCGCCACUUCUGUCCGUGGAGGAUGAGGAGGUUGGGGUGCUUUUUUGGCAGCGCCGUCACAGCCGACCACCGGGCCCGGUGCGUCGCGAAGUUGGCCGGGCUUGGCUCUCGAGACUGCGGCAGCACGAAAGCGCUGAACCUGAAGCUGAUCCGUCACUCCUAGAGAAAGCAGUAAACGUUGGAAAGUUUCCAGUCGUCCAUCGAAGACGAAGAAAGAAGCUGGCAGAAAUGUCAGGCCUCGACGCGUCGGCAACAGCGAAGACCCGCGUGAGAAGUCAACAACCCUGAACCGAAACAAGGUUCUGGGUCCAUUGCCUACCCUUACACAAUGAAGGCUCGUCACGAAGAGCAAAUUUAUUUUUGCCGGAGCCUUUUUACCGUCUUGACAGCUAGAGCGUGAAAUUGGAUCUGGCGUCCGAUUCCACGAUGGUACUGCCCGCGGAGGACCAGACGUCGGGCCGGAACCCGAGGUUUCGCGACGGCUUCUAUUCAAAUGGUGAGCGCAGAGAUGGCGUUGCACAUCGCGGACCCGUUAUGAAACCAAUCAGUGAGGACCGCGACGUUCCACAAAGCACACAAAUCGGUGACGUCAACGUUGUGCCAACGCCACCACUAUGUCGCCGAGUCAUCGACGCCGUGCUUGCUGCCAGAGUGGAGACCUUUUUAGCGGUGUACUUGGUGUCGCGUUUCAUGAUUGCCACGCCCGUACAGGACCUGCUUCUUCGCAAGGCUUGCCUCAACGAGUUACACAUGAACGCGAGCGUGUGCGCCCGCUUGGACGAAAACGAGCCCAUCAAGGACGCAGCCGAGCGGAUCUCGAGCACGGCGAGCACCGUGCAGACCAUCGUCGCCAUGGCGCCGUCUUCAGUCGUCGCCAUCUUCAUCGGACCCUGGUGCGACAAGUACGGCUACAGGUUGCCCCUGGUCGUCGCCACCUUGGGUUUUCUGGCAAGUACGGCGCUGACCCUAAUGACGGUAUACCGCAUGGAGAUGCCGCUGUACGCCAACAUCCUCUGCUCUAUUCCGGACGGCCUCUGCGGGGGUCCCAUAACCGUCUUCGCCGCAGUGCACAGCGUAGUGGCUGUCACCACAGGCGUGAAGGGUAGGAGAGCCCGGUUCUUCGGGCUCAGCAUGGUCAUAGUCGUGUUCAUCACAGUCGGUGGAUUCCUCGGAGGACAGCUGUACGGACACUGGGGCUUGGAGACGGUGCUCGGUGUUUCUCUAGCCUUCGCGAGCCUGGCUCUUCUCUGGGCAUUCCUGGCCAUUGAAGAUCUUGUGAGGCCCGCGCACGUGGCGGACGGUACGUCCUUGAAGCUGCGGAACCUCUUCCAAGUGAACAACCUGUGUGAGGGCUUCAAAUGCUCGAUAAAGGCCAGGCCUCAGAAAGGCAGGGCGCAGAUUUUGUGCCUCUUCGGCGCCACCUGCGGCGUUGUCUUCGAGCAGACCUCCAAGCCUAUCGACUACUACUACGUGCGCGAAAUGUACUCCUGGAGCGUGGCACAAUACACGAGCGUACAGACCGUGUCGUCGUUGGUGUGCUUGGCCCUGUACGUGCCGCUCAUCUACCUUUUCCUGCGAGUGUUCAAGAUCAGCGACCCCGGCAUGGCGCUCGUCGGAGUGUUCUUUGCAUCCGCGCAGAUGGCCGUGCUGGGGCUGGCCUACACAGAGUGGCUGUACUAUCUCAGCCACGUGGUGGGCAUACCAACCUUCCUCGCGAAAGCGGGCAUCCGUACGCAUCUCUCGAAGCUAGUUGGAGACAACGAAGUUGGCAAGGUGUUCGCGUUCCUUUCUUCGUUGGACACUCUGGUACCACUGGCGGCAAACGUGCUACUUACAUGGCUCUUCAACGUGUCCAUCACCUUUAUGCCGGGCCUUCCCUACUUAGCCACUGCCGGAAUUACUGGAAUCGCCAUUGGUCUCAUGGGCUACGUCACUAAGGUGCACCGGCAGUACAUCCCUUAUGAAGGCAUGCCCGACGCAGAGGCCGCACCAGCAACGGCCAGUAACUGAAGCAAGAUGAGUCUUAUGGUCAACAGAAACUCGGGUCGUCAGAAGGCGAACCAGCAUGACGUGCUCAUAGUGUGGGCACCAUUGACAGUGGGCAACUUGAGAAAGCAUUGCGGGGCAUGCGUUUGGUGCGAGCGUAUGAUUUUGUCUGGUACUCCUCAGUGUCAAACCUCCUGCAAGGGGACAGCUGGUCGGCUCGCUUUCAGAGAGUGUUGCUGAGAACUACUGAAUGAUGAACUAGUUUGAGACUCAUGGUGCAGCAAUGCUGGCAUGCAAAAACACAUACAAGUAUAACGACAAGAAUGACUGAAACACUCACUAUUAGCUAGUCAGUAGAUGGUCGGAUGAUAGUCUGUGCUCCGAGCCGGAAAGUCAUCGGGCAGGGGGCAUUACUGGACAUUUGUGAUACAUACUAAAGGCUCUGUUCGAGCGCGUCCUGGAGCGGGUAUGGACGAAAAGAGAGAGAACAACUUGUCAUUGAGCAACACUCUUCGUUAACAUAACUGAGAGCAAUUAACAUAUAGAAAUAACAAGGUAGUGAUAGCACCUUACUUCGUACAAUAUAUCUUCAAGCAUAAAAAGAUAUAAAAUGUAGCAUACAUACAAAGUUAGUAAGCACUGUAAGAAUGUUCUGCAGAUAUUUUUUCGCAUCACAUAUACGCAUGCAAAAUAUCGUAGGAUCAUUUUUAUUCUAUGUUUUACUUCAUCACUUAUCUUCAAGCAAUACACAUUAGCCUAAUAAAGAAUUAUAUAUUAUACUAGAAUUAACCACUCUCUCUGGCAAUCUGUACCGAAUAGAAAUUGCAUGAAUCAAUAUGGAUAAUUGGUGUACCUUAAGGGUGUCUAACAGGCUUCCUUAUUGUUUUAUUAUGGUGUGUUAAUAGAAUGCAUGUGAUUGGCUUCUUUAUACUGUUCUUGCAAUAAGUUAACGUACCGGUUUGAUAAAGCUCAUCGACUACUUGUGCCCUAUGUUUGCACGCCUGCCGUUACAUACUAUGAGUAUUGUUCGCUCCAGACACUACUGGCUGCUCAUAAACACCGAUUCGUUUCCUGCAACCCCCCUCCCCAUCACCCCCUCAGAAAACAAAAAUGAGUGGCAAGAAGCGCCUGCCGGAUGUCGCAUCACAUCACAGCCGUCAGCACACCUCGCCUAUCGUUCUGAACGCAGUAUAGACAGACAGACAGACAGACAAAGAACUUUAAUGAAGGUUCUGAGAAGCUCUUUUGCCCCCUCUGAGGGAGGCGACGAAUCCGCGGGGCGCACCCACGGCGGGACGGGGAGACCAAGCUCCAGCGCCGCAUCGUGGGCUCUCUGGACAGCCCAAAAUUGGCGUGACUGGUCGGAGCUCCGAAGAGCAGAGCUCCACUCCUCUGCAGUGCAUCGAUGUGGGCCCCUCUGUAACGAGGGGCGUCCCCAGAGCAUGUGUUUCAAAGUACUACAUUGUCCGCAGCUAGGGCAGUCUGGACUAAAGCAGUCUGGAUUGAUGUAGUGAAAU